CCGCUGUGCCGCGCCGGUGCCUCCGCACGCCCCGGCUGCCGCCGCUGUCCGCCCGCCGCGCUCUCGGGCCGGGCUGUCGGCUGCCUCGCCCAGUGCCGGCCCACCCUGCUCCUGUUCCGGUCCGGCCCCGCGGGGCAGCGCGGCGGGAUGGCGGCCGGCGGGUACAGGCGGUACCGGGCCGUGAUCUUCGCGGCCAUGUUCAUCGGCUACGCGCUGUACUACUUCAACCGCAAGACCUUCUCGUUCGUCAUGCCCUCCGUCAUGGCCGAGGUGCCGCUGGGGAAGGACGAGCUGGGUGUCAUCACCAGCAGCCAGUCCGCGGCGUAUGCCAUCAGCAAGUUCGUCAGUGGCGUCCUCUCCGACCAGAUGAGCGCCCGCUGGCUCUUCUCCUCCGGCCUCCUCAUGGUGGGCUUGGUCAAUGUCGUCUUCUCCUGGAGCUCCACUGUCACGGCCUUCGCCGGGCUCUGGUUCCUCAACGGCUUAGCCCAGGGGCUGGGCUGGCCGCCCUGCGGGAAGAUCCUACGAAAAUGGUUUGAGCCUUCUCAGUUUGGGACUUGGUGGGCAAUCCUGUCUACGAGCAUGAACUUGGCUGGAGGCUUAGGCCCCAUUGUUGCUGCCCUCGUGUCUCUGAACUACAACUGGCGCAUGACUUUGUCCUUCUCCGGCUUCAUCUGUGUGGUUGUCUCUUUUGUUUGCCUUGUCCUGAUUAAAAACGAGCCAUCGGAUGUUGGGCUGCCCAACAUUGAACAAGGACCCAAGAAGGGGAAGAAAGGUUCCUCCAGUGACAACAGCACUUUGACAGAGCUGCUGCUCUCACCAUACCUCUGGGUGCUCUCAACGGGCUACCUGGUUGUUUUUGGAGUGAAAACAUGCUGUACCGAUUGGGGACAGCUCUUCCUUAUCCAGGAGAGAGGACAAUCCAUGCUUGUGGGUAGUUCCUACAUCAGUGCCUUGGAGAUUGGGGGUCUGGUGGGAAGCAUUGCUGCUGGAUACCUUUCUGACAGAGCGGUAGCAAGAGUGGGUCUCUCAAGCUACGGGAAUCCUCGGCACGCGCUGCUGCUUUCCAUGAUGGCCGGGAUGUGUGUGUCCAUGUUUCUGUUCCGAGUCACAGUCACAGGCAAUUCUCCCAAGGAAAAUCACUUCUGGACUGUAGCCUUGCAACCUCUAGCUGGUCUUACAAGCCUAAAAGAACAGGAGCUGUGGAUUCUGAUUCUGGGAGCUGUGUUCGGGUUCUCCUCAUAUGGGCCGAUUGCCCUGUUUGGGGUUAUAGCCAACGAAAGUGCUCCUGCCAACCUGUGCGGCACCUCUCAUGCUAUAGUGGCCCUCAUGGCCAACGUUGGGGGUUUUCUGGCUGGACUACCUUUCAGUACCAUUGCCAAGCACUACAGCUGGGCCACAGCCUUCUGGGUGGCCGAAAUCACCUGUACUGGCAGCACGGUGGCUUUCUUCUUACUGCGGAACAUCCGCACCAAGAUGGGCCGGAUUCCCAGGAAGGCUGACUGAGGAGGAUAAGCUGCUCGGUGAAAAGGAUGCCCUCAUGCUAAUAUGAAUGAUGCUCGGUUUUUUUGUUUAACUGGCCUAGGAGUAAGUUACCUAUUGCUGCAGCCUAGGUAAAAACUUCUUAAAUCUUCAUCCACUGUCAGGUGCCCAAGGGCACAAGGUUCCUGCUACUGAUCACUUUUUCCCUCAAGAUGUGAUAAUUCAGCUAGUUACUGUACCUCCUCCUCACAGGACUGUUGGUGAAGCAAGCAAGCUUCACAGCCCCAGCUUCCCCACUAAAAGUACUCUAAACCAACUGGAUUCAGGUGCGGUCACACUUAAGUUUUGUCCUUACUGUUCGCCUCGGCUGUUAGCUGUCAGCACAGCUUUGUGGUUCAGGGGUGCUGAAGCAGCCUUUGCCGCGUUUGUUCAGCCCACCCAGCCGCUGUAAGCGCAGAUGUUUCCGUUUACUUCAGCGUGAGCUCCCUGCAUGCUCUCGGCCCUGGAACAGUGACAGAGCAGUGAAUAAUGAUUAUUGCAGUUUGGCCUCACAGCUGAUUUGGGAACAGCAUGGCUUUAGCUUUACCUGGGAUUAGUUGUUAAGAGUGAGGGAGGCAUUUGCUCUGGACGAGAACACUGAUGCAGUGUUGCGUCAGGACUCUCUGCGGCACUCAAAAAUAGGCAUGUUUCCAAGAAAUUCUUGGCACUUCAGGGGAGAGCAUUUAGAGAAGCUCCUUCUAUUGAACUGAUCUUGCCUGGUGCGAUUUGUGUACAGUGUUAAUGAUUUGUGAGGGAGACAGCUGCUGCCAAAGCAGCUUGUAGCAAGCACUCUGCCAAUCAGCCAGGAAAACCACCCCAGCAGCAGGUAUUGCGACAGCAGCUACUGCCAGCCCACAACUUCUGCAGCUGGGUUUCCUGAAAACCUGUAUUUCUAGCACCAGAUUGUAUUUUAUUUGGCACAAGGUGUGUAGUCUAGAAUGUUUUUGGUCAAGAGCUGCGUCUGUCACAGCUGCAGGUAGGGGCUCUGGCUACCUCAGCAGAGCUGCCACCGGCAGCCUUGAGCAGUCCGGCCCAGAAAUCUCUGUAAUAUGCAGACUCAGGUUUUUAACUGGAAUUUUGUUGAAUAUGCUUAGUUUUUCCCAAAAGGAUUUACUGCUUUAGGGUCCUGGAAGUGGCAAGUUCAACUCAUGAAGAACCUGCACACGGGUACUUUGUUGAACAGCUUUGUUGCAAAAGUAGGUAGCCAGACUUAAUUAAAAUAAUGCAAGUGAAUUACAUUUUGUACUUAAUUAUAUAAUCUUCUGUUAUCUGUGAAAUAAAAUGGAGCAGUGUAA